CAGGCUUUUGUUUGGUCUACCAUGUUUGGUAACUGGGCCAACAGCCAGCAGACCUGGGCUCAGAAUCACAUUUACUUUUAAAGAGGAUUUUAAACAUCCAGCAGAUAAUUUGCUGGUGCUUCAAGGACAUUCGAGGGAACCGUCAGCGAUGUGACGAGGGUGUCGUGUGAGAAAUGGAGUCUGUCGUUCAAGGGGUUGAAUCUUGCCAAAGCCACCAGUAUAUCUUUGAGAGGCAGACCCAGGUAAUAACCAGCUGGAUAAAGGCCUUUACUGGCCAGGUUAUCGAGCUACAGUGAUGCAUUUCAAGGGUGACUCUCUCAGCUUUGAGCAGUUCGUGAGUUAUGAAGGUGUGAUACCAUCUCCAUAUACCGUCCCUGUAGGACCGUUAAUUAAAGCUGUGUUUAUGGAGAACGUUCCUGCCGUGUGGCACUAUGCUGAGAUCCAGCUGGACGUCACCCAGAGACAAAGGCCAGUAGUGGGAAUCUGGAGCCAGCAGAAACCUCUGCGUGUGUUUGUGUGGACAAGUUUUGAGAAGAUGUCUCAUUAAUAGCAUGACCUAAGAAGCAGACACUGCAGUGAUGUUCCUCUCAAUACUGAUUGCACACAUAAUUACUGUUUACAGUAGAUUUUCAUGGUGAGUUGGAAUUCUGUCUGUGUGUGUCAGAGAGAGUGUUUCACUUGGGGAAAUUGGAAAAGAGCACAAGUGAAUGUGUAAAUAUUAUGCUGAAGGACUAGAUUUACACGUUAAAUUUUGGUGUGUUUUAUGUCGUUAUAUACGUAUAUUUUAGUGAGUUACAUUAAAUGAAAAAAAUGCAACUAUUAUUACAUAUAGUUGCACUUACAUUUAAAAAAAAAAAAAAAAGAUUGACAGACUAUAAUGCAUUGGAUAUCAACUCUGCAAAAAUGCAUCCGCCUGCAGGGGUCGAUAAAAACCCAGUCGACUCACACCUUGUGAGUCCACCCUGUAAUGUGCCGACCCCCGCCCCCAAAGCAUGAAGAUGGUAAAGCAUCUCUUGUCUGGCAGACUGACAUUGUGGACUCCAUCAGGAUCCAGUCGGUGCAUCACUGGACUGUAACUCUUUAAAAGUGUGGUGCUGCGCUAACGAACGAAUGCACGGCGCGUGGAUUUACCAACCCCCCCGGAUAUUAAAUUAGAGAAGUAAACACGGUAUUCUGGCUAGACACCUGGGAGUUUUGAGGAAUUCCGUACUACGUUCUGGUAACUGUGGAGGAUGGUGUAUCUCUGGUGGAAUUUUGUUAUAUAAAGCGGUCAGUAAGUACAACAUAUAACUUUUCUAACAAAAAACGCACAUUAACUCAACUUAAUUAUUCGAGAGUUUUAUGUAGCCUGAUUAUUAAGAUCUGUAUGUACAUUUGAGGAUUUUUUUGCGUUAGGAACCGCAAUCUCCGUUUCGUGCUGUUUUUAAUCAAUGAGUACCAUUAUUUUGAAACUGUAACCAUUUUGAACGAAUUUCUAUUCGGACUAGUAAACAUGGAUCUGGAUUUUUGUGUGGCUGUAUACGUACUGGCGUUAUCAUUGGGUUUUGGCAUAAAGGAGACCACGUGUCAGCACUUCGAUAUCUUCCGUCCUAUUCCAAGUGACAUCUUACCACCUGUGGUACUCAUAGAACAUCCAGAUCCCAUGCUUGAUCCUAAGAAGAAAGACCUUAAUGAAACCGAACUGCGAAAUUUACUGGGAAGCCACUUCGAUUCACUGUUCAUGUCCACAACUCCGCCGGAAGACAAACACGCAUCUAAUGGCCAAGUGGACAGUCUGGAAGAAGUGCAUCUGCCCAACGGAUCUAUGCCCGCUUUAAUAAAGUCUCUGGAGUUUGACGUUUUGCACGGCAAGAAGCAAAGCAGUAGAAAACUGCAACGAAAGCUGCAGCUUUGGCUCUGGAGUUACGCGUCCUGUCCGGUGGUGUACGCUUGGAACGACCUCGGACGCCGAUUUUGGCCACGUUACGUGAAAGUGGGCAGCUGCCCCCGCGAAAGGUCCUGUUCUGUACCGGAGGGAAUGGUUUGCAAACCGGACAAAAGUACCCAUUUCACGAUACUGAGGUGGAGGUGCCUGCAAAAGAACGUGGGGUUGACGUGCACGUGGAUACCUAUGAAGUAUCCAGUUGUAUUGGAAUGCAAAUGCGCAUGUGCGAGUUGAUUGAAUGCAGAAUACAGCUCAGCGGUGUUACAUGUGUCGCAUAGUUAAGUUUAUACACGUAAUAUAUGAUUUUGUAUUAUGUCACUUUGUCAGGUUAUGGUAAAAUGGAUUGCAGUGUUUGCAGAAACCACACCAAACGCAAACGUAAUAACACCUUUACUACAAAACUAUUUAAUCUUUACUGAAAUUUAUGAUAUGAGACUGUGGGCUGCUUGUUGCUAUUGUUAUUAUUAUUGUUAUUAGUUAUAUAAUUAUAUCAUAUUUUUAUAGGUAUCAGGAAAAAUGAUUAGAACGUUUGAGUAGUUAUAAGUAACGGAUGAUACCUUAUUUUAUUGUUGUGACAAUUGUAAAUAUGCAGAAACAUUAUAACGACUGUAUAAAUGUUAAAUGUGGCUAUUUAUUCCUAAUAUUGUAGCUGUUUUGUACAUCGGUAAAA